CUUAUCAUAAUUUGACAGUUUCUUGCUAUGGUUGCUAGUGUUCAGUAGUCACAACGUCCCAAAUAUUGUUUACUAAAUUCACUAACAAUGACAAAUCAAAUCAGUGAGUGCCUUCACAUUAGGACGAAAUUAUACAAUCAUAUGACUACUAUAAACAAAUCCAAAAUGUCCGUACCCACCACAGGAUUGAGCAAGUUAAAGAAGAAACAUAUUCGUGUAAAACAUCAAAAAGUGAAAUUGUUUCGUGCGAAUGAACCAUUACUAUCUGUUUUUAUGUGGGGUGUUAAUCAUACGAUUAAUGAGCUGAGCCAUGUCUCAAUUCCAGUUAUGCUUCUGCCCGAUGAUUUCAGAGCUUAUUCAAAGCUCAAAGUUGACAAUCAUUUAUUUAAUAAGGAAAACAUGCCAUCUCAUUUUAAAGUGAAGGAAUACUGCCCGUUAGUGUUCAGGAAUCUACGGGAGAGAUUUGGGAUUGAUGACCUAGAUUAUAAGGAGUCACUAACAAGGUUUAGAAAGCCAGAUAACUACCUGUGCUCAAGGGCAAUGAAGAGGUUUGCCAGUAAAUUACGACGAUCUGAGACAGCACCGUCCAGUGUUGCCAACAUGAAAAAUGAAACUCACCAAGAAGGAUUAUUCCAUGAUGCGAGUGCAUUCGUCAAACGUGGCUUGACGAUAAAACGCCUGAGAUCUCAGCCUAUUCCGGAUGAUUCGUCUGGCAAGUCGGGCGCCAAGUUCUACCAGAGCUACGAUCGUCUCUUCAUCUUGAAGACCCUCACUUCAGAGGAGGUGGAAAGGAUGCACUCCUUCCUCAAACAUUAUCAUCCGUACAUAGUGGAGCGGCAUGGUAAGACGCUGUUGCCGCAGUACCUCGGCAUGUACCGGCUGACGGUGGACGGUAUUGAGCACUACCUCGUAGCUACAAGGAAUGUGUUCUCCAACCACCUGAAUAUACACAGAAAGUACGAUCUGAAGGGAUCGACGGUGGACCGAGAGGCUUCAGAGAAGGAGUUAGAGAAGGAGUUGCCCACGUUAAAGGACAACGACUUUAUUAAGCAAGGCGUCAGGAUUGACAUCGGUGAUGCAGCCAAAGACAAGCUGCUGGAGACCCUCACCGCUGAUGUUGAGUUCCUAACAAAACUCCACCUAAUGGAUUACUCGUUGCUGCUGGGCGUGCACGAGUGCGGGCGCGGCGAGGCGGAGGCGGAGGCGGCGCGACAACGCGAGGCAGAGGCCGACAGCGAGCCCGACACCGACAGCGACAGUGAUACCGACAACCGACACAUCUCUGACAUGCACACCGACAUCUCUGACAUGCACAGGUGGGGCUACAACACGCCGCCGGACAGUCCGCGGGGCUUCGCGCGCCACGCGCUGCGCUACGAGGGCAUCAUACCCGACCUGGAUAUAUACGCUAUACCGAGCCAGGAUGGUGCACCUAAAAAAGAAAUAUACUUUGUCGCCCUAAUCGAUGUGCUCACACAUUACGGAGUUAAAAAGCAGGCGGCGAAGGCAGCGAAAACUGUGAAAUACGGCAGUAAUGUUGACGGCAUAUCGACCUGUGACCCAGAGCAAUAUGGCAAACGUUUUAUUGAGUUUGUUGCUAAAGCUAUUGAAGGCAAUUAAAUUUAUCACGAGGCUUCUUUUAGUGAGGUAUGCAUAUUAUUGUAUUCAAAUUGCUGCUGAAAUAUUAUAUACUUAGACGGCUGCCAUUAUUCGGACUCCUAUGUACACUAUCGUAAAACUGCGAUUUACCUGUUUCUUUAAAUAACUUUAUAAAUAUUAAUUUCUAUAUAAAUUUGAAGUUAACUUUGCAAUAGUUUUUCAAACAAACGAUAGUUUACGUGGAAGUGGAUAGUAUAUAAUUUAACCAAGAAUAUCAAAAUCCUGGUCUGAAGGCGCUUUGAUCGGCUUCUUUAUCACUGUCUAUUAUGCGCAAAGGAAUUAGUUCCAUUUUUAUCCGCAAUAUGGCGAGGGUUUUAUAUUUCUGGUCGGAUUAUACGUAAUUUUAUGCAAAAAAGUGUGUGAUUAAAGUUACAAUAUUGAGGCUUUCAUUUGUAACAAGGAAUGAGGAGUAUUAUGUUUUUUUUUUACUUUUUUUUUAUAUGUCCGUGGAAAAACAUGUUGUAUUGUUGUUUGAAUUCCAUGUAUAAUAAAUAUGCUGUUACAUUUUCAAAUUGAAAAUACACAUGUCAGUAUAACCGAAAGUAUUAAAUUAUAGUUCAAGAGCCAGCGGAGAAAAACCUUAUCUUAAUUCCAACCAUCUUCAGUUCUUAAACAUAUCUUAAAAAAUACAAACAUGACUGUAUUUAUACUAAAUAUUAGUAUUAUAUUUAUUUUACUUUGAUUCCUAAAAGGGUCGGCGAAAAAUGGAAUUAACAGGGUUGUAGGACCGAUUGAGGGCAGUUUUGAUUUAUAUACAUUUUCACUAAAAGAAGCAUUGCAUUUGUUAUGUUAAAGACAAUUUCCACGCUUUUAUCUGACUAAAAGAAUGAGGUUUUGUCACCCAAAAUCGUUUCACGGUUACUAACAGAGGCCCUUAGUAACUAUUACUAAAGACCUUCUUUAGUAACUUUGUGCCACUAAAGGCCUUAUUAUAGUAACUAUGUACAACUUAAGGUCUCUUUUAGUAACCGUUAAUCUAUUUGUGGGGCAGUAAGUCUAUGAAUUUAAACCUUUAGUAUAGGUUUUUCUUAAACGGCAGGAACGUAAAAGACUUUAUUGUCAAUCUACCUCUUUCUGUUGGUCUAGAUUUAUCUACAGUGGUUUAGAAGAUACGAAAUGUAUUAGUAUCAUUGUAUUCAAUCAUGUAUCACGUUCCAAAUUGAUGUUUAUAAUGAACGUUAGUGUUUUCGUUGAUAUUAUGGUAGCAUCUUACCGUGACUCUUACAAUUUGCCUAGGUAAAUUACAAUCUGGCGACGGCAAAUACUACAACAGCUCGCCGGCCCAAUAUACCAGAGGUUGAUCUGGUAUAUUAGUUUUCAAGUAUCUUGGCGGCUUAACACAUACACUUAAUACAUUGUUAUGGGGCGUAGAGGGGUGUCGAGGAGAGCACCAAGACAUUUGAAAAGAACUAUACAAAUUCUCGGUACAAUACAGUCGAGGACAUUUAUUUCCUACCCAUUUCGGUGGAAUGUCAUUUCAAUGCAAUACAAUUAGUUGGAAAAUUUCUCUUAUUGUGACAUUUUUCUGUAAGAUAUGCGAUGCUAGGUGGAAAGAGAAUUAUACCUUAGACAAUCGCAGCGUAGGACGGUGGAUUUU